AGUGCCAGUAUCAUCUCGUGUCCGACCUAACACCGAUACCUCAAAUUUUUCCAUAUGUGCUUUAUAAUCCAGAGUUUAUAGCAGUAUACUGUUCUAAAAUUUUUCUGUUGUAUCUCACAAUGUUUUUCAAUUUUCAUGCAUGCUGUGACAUCAAGCACCCUAUAGUGCCAACAACACUAAGCCACAAUAGAAGUUAAAUCCAAACUAUUAUUGCCUUAUUUCACUUGGACUAAUAAACACACAUUUUUUUUUUUUGAAAAAAAUUUAAAAAAAAGGCAGGUAAAUUAAAAUGUAUAGGAUGAAGGCGGGUGCAAAUCAAGUAAUUUAUGACCAGGAUUUUGGAGUAAAGUUCGGAAUCUGCUUCUUUAAAAUGUUGAUGUUAUAAUUAAUCUCGGAUUCGCUAUAAUUAGAUGGAAGUUUUCCUUGCAUAAUUUAUUUCUAUAUAUAGCUUGCAUUUGCAAUCAACUCCUCCUGUUGCAACAAGGGUAGAAACCUCCAACCUUCAUUGAUUUGUGGCAAUUGUAUCUUACACCUUUCAGAAUUAAGUCAGAAUUAUGGUACCGUUAACACAGCGAGUUCGAAAUCACUAUUACUCUGGAGCUCAAAUUCUAAGGAGUUCUUCAAUAACACCAUAUGAUUACAUAUUCACAAAGCCAAGAUCAAAGGCAGCGGACAAAAAACAAGCAGCUGUAAAACACAGUCAAGCAGAAAAGAGACGCAGGAUGAGAAUCAACACUCAAUAUGAGGCCCUCAAAAACCUCUUCCAAAAUAAAACAAAAACGGACAAGGCAUCAUUAUUGACAACUACUAUUGAAAUAGUUAAAAAUUUGAGAAAAAAUAGUAUUCCACAGGAAGCUUCUAGUAGCUCAAAGAAGGAAAUGAAUAAGGUUACUAACCAGAAGAAAAUGCAAGAAGCUUGUAGCCCAAGAAAUGAUGAUGUGUUUCCUAGUUGGGAAGACAAGUGGAGUCUAAAACAUGAAGAGGGUCUAAUGAAGGCUACAUUGAGUUGUGAGGAUAAGCCAGGAUUGAUGUCAACAAUAGCAAAGGCAAUGGGGUCAGUGGAAGCCAAGGUUGUAAAGGCUGAGAUGGUGAAUGUUGGAGGAAGAACUAGGGUUGUGUUGUGGGUCAAAGAUUCCAAUGGUGAUCGUAAAGGUGAAGAGAUUCUCAAGAGGACACUCAGUACUCUCAUGCAAAGGCCAGUCCCUAAAAAGAGGCGUUUUACUCAAUAAUUGUUGUGUGUUACUGUGUUAUAUAACCUUGACUUGGACUUCUAAUGAUGAUAGAUUAUUUAUUUACUCUCUCCAUUCUAAAGAUAAAUAAAUCACUUUCACUUUGUACCAAAACAAAGUUAAAGUGAUUUACAUUAUAAAAUGGCAAGAGUAAAUGUCUAUAUAUAGGGAUUAUAGUUGACAAGGGCUAAUAAGUUUUCUAGGUUUAGAGAAUAAUUGACUCUAGGCCCAUUGCUAAGAUUAGGUAGGUUUGUCAUGAUGUUGUUACAUAUGCAAGUUCUAACCAUGUUACUUUCUUAAUUUGUAAUAUGAACUAGUCUAUAUAGACUGAGUAUGCAAAAUUGUUAAUAAUAAAAAAAAGAGAGUGCAACUAUUAAUCACCUACUCUUUCAAUCUUCGUUAAUUGUAUUGAAUAAGCAUCUUAGAUAGCCUUCACAUAAAAUAAAAUUUAAAAUAAUAAAUAAAGUCAGUGUAAGCAACAAUAUAACAGCAUUUUCUUGAUUGUUUGUUUUGUAAAAUCGGUAUAUAGUUUUUUCUUAAUUUUUAUAAAUCAUUUGACAAGCAAUUAGAGAUUAGCAUCUUCAUUCUACAACUAUUGGCGAAAUAAUGAUUUUUUUUCUCUAUACCAAAAAUACAAGAUAAUUGCUUCUAU